AUGAUCAAUCCAUUUAUUGUUGCGUGUUUGGUGAUAAGUGGUGUCAGCAUACCAAUUCAUGGUUUUCAAGAUACACUCGAAGAAGAUUUGGAACUUGAAAGACAACUAAAGCUAAUAAUCAAUAAGCCUCCUAUCAAAACUAUUCAUACAAAAAAUGGAGACAUGAUUGAUUGCAUUGAUAUUUAUAAACAACUAGCAUUUGAUAAUCCUUUACUAAAGGAUCACAAGUUACAGACGAAACCUAGUUUUCAAAAAUCAAGUACGAAGAAUUUAGCAAAUAAAUCUAGAUUUAAUCUUGAAAAAGUGCAAUGUCCUAAAGGAUCUAUACCUAUUCGAAGAACAACAAAAGAAGAUCUCAUUCGAGAAAAACAAUUAUUAAAUAAGAGUAUUCUUGUUCAAGGAAUUACUGGUAUUCAUCAUGCAGAAUUAGCUCUUUCAUCAAAAUUUAGUCCAUAUUAUAGCAUUAGUGGACGAAACAAUGCUUAUAAUCCACCUGUCUCUAAGGGUCAAAUGUCUCUCUCUCAUGUGUGGGUUCAAAAGGGACCCAUAAGUACUAAUAAUAAAAUCAGUCUUGGAUGGCAAGUGAGUCCAGAUUUGUAUGGUGACAAUAAAACUCAUUUAUACGCAUUAUGGACGGUUUUGUUCAAACUAAUUCCGAAAUUUAUCUUGGUGCAACUAUUAGAGAUAUAUCUUCUUAUGGUGGACCUGUUUUUGAUUCAGUCAGUUAUGGAGCCAUCAACCAAAGACUGGUGGAUUCAUAUAAGUGGUGAAGAUAUUGGAUAUUUUCCUGCAAAGUUAUUCUCUAACUUGGCUUCGGCAGAUAAAGUAGGGUGGGGUGGAAGAACAUUGACUCGUCAUGGUUCUCCCAGCCCUCAAAUGGGAUCUGGACAUUUUCCUGAUAAAAACCUUUAUCAUGCAUGUUAUUUCAGAACUAUUUACUUUGAAAAUGCAUCUAGAAUAAAGAGUGGACCAGAAAAAUAUCAAACAGAAAAGUACGUUGAUAAACCUAAUUGUUUUGGCCUUAGGUACUACGGCAAUGUUCAUGGCAUUGGUGGAUAUAUGCUCCAAUUUGGAGGACCUGGUGGUAAGUGUGAUGGUUGA